GGCGUGAUAGCGCAUUGUUCCUUGGCUCGUUAUUCCUCCGCUGGUUUUGGGGCGGCACGCAGCCUGGGAGACAAGGCUGCCUGUCAGGCUCUGUUCCGGGCUUAAAUGCCCACCAGCGAGUUCUCUCCACAUUUCCAUAGUUCAGGUUAUAGAUGAAAAUGUAACCAGAUCUGUUUCCUAACGAUCUUUGUUACGUUCUUUUCUCUUUGAUGUAACAUUUAAAUUGUAUCGUUCAAUGUAGGAAGUUAUGUCACAUUUAAGUUGCUAAGCAACCCGUUUUGUACUCAAAGACAAGGCUCUGUUGACAGUUUGAACAGUCGCAGUAGCUACAGUACAGUCGGUAGCUCGUUUCUCUGGAUGUGGCGAAUGCGAAUACAAACCUUAUUUUCUCUACAACACUCCGACAGAACGUUAUAGCUAUGUCUUAUAAAGGCUUUAUAAAUUGUAACAGUCGUGUCUCCAAAGAAGAGCAGGAGUUUUAUGAUUUAAAAAUGAAAGCUGCUGAAUAUUAUAGGGCGAACGGCGUCCCACAGAAGAUGGAGGGUGUCCUGAACGACAUGUUCUUUGAUAAGCCCGAUGAUAUUUAUGGUUACCUGGCAAAUUACUUCUCAAAAUUAUCAUCGCCACCUGUGAUAAGCAGACUAUUGGGGAAAGAAAUUUAUGAUGGAAAGGGUCAACUAUCCCUCCAGGCACAGGUCCUCUGCAUCAUCAAAAACGAAGAAAAGACGACAUGUUCUGCGGUGAUAUCAAGCCACAGUGAGGUCCUCGACAACAGUUUCCAGGACCCAAGUGGUGUGACCAAUAUCAACAAUGAUAAGAGGAGGGAUUCUGUGAUGGCCGCUCUCCACUGGAUCCAUGAAUCACUGAACACAAUCCUAAACGGUUCUGAUCCCUGCGACCAGACAGGAGUGGAUAAAAUACUUAGUGAUUUCUUCGUGGCCCGCUACCUGGAGGACCAGGACAUUCGGAACAGAGAGAAGGAGAACCAGCCACCUAGUGUGCCUGUGCCUGAGGCAUCCCCUCCCACCGCACCCCCGAAAGACAAGAAGGGUGGAGACAAAGGCAAAAAAGGCAACAGCACAGAGAAGCCCAUUCCGCCUCCAGAGCCCUCAGAGCUGGUCCUGCCUGGCAGCAUGGCCGUUGGUUCAGUGUCCUUGGCUGUGGCCAAGACUGGGGCUCUACUACAAUGCAUCCCCCUGUACAAGUACAUCAAAGCUCUGAGAAACCAACAACCGUGUCCAAAAGAGAUGCACAUCCCUGUGCCCUUGGUAACUUUGUUGAGCUGUGGCAAGAUGUCCCCAGGAAAACUCAAUUUACUGGAGGAAAUAAUUGUCAUCCCUAAAGCUGGACAAAGACUCAAACAAAUCAUUACAAUGGUCCUUAAGCUUCAAAAGGAGAUGAUGAAAAUAAUGAAUACUGCUUCAAAAACAGGGCCUGUACUGCCAACAGUGUCUGACUCUGGAGCCUUAGUUGUUGGGUAUGAGCGUCCUGAGCAGCCUCUCGAUCUAAUUACUGAAGCAUCUAACAAUCUUGGAUUGGCACUUGGAAAGGGGAUCCAUUUAGCAGUAAACUGUGCUGCUCACAACCUAAUGGACUAUCCAAAAGGAAAGUAUGAAGUUAUUACAGGAACACCCAAGUCUCCUGAUGAACUAGUGGACAUGUAUGAGGCUUUGAUUAGUAAAUACCCAGCAGUCGUAGCCCUGAUCGAUCCUCUGCGAAAAGAGGAUGUGGAGCAGUGGGAGAGACUGAGCAGUGUGGUUGGAGCCUCGUGUAGCCUGCUCUCUGACAUCUCCUCCAAGCCCCAGUGUCACAGCUCACGGGAGGACGCCCCAUCUCUUCCAGGGGUCAGAGGGUAUAUCCUCAAUCAGAGCAAUGAGAUCACAGUCACCGACCUGAUCCACGUCACCACAGAGAACAAAGGUGCAGUGAUAAUUGGAACGACGUGCGGUGAGCCCUGCAGUGACGACGCCCUCUCCGAUAUGGUCGUAGGCCUGGGAGUUGGGUAUGUCAAACUGGGAGGUCUGAGUCGUGGAGAGCGGCUGACUAAAUACAACCGUCUGAUUUCUAUAGAGGAAGAAUUGGCCCAGCAGGGAAUACUGGAUUCAAGAAAACAACACACAUCUCCUCUCUUUGUUGGAGAAACGGAGGAGCAGUCAUCUACAUAAUAUUCUCGGGGAUUAAACAAAAAAACAACAUGUUUUUAUUCCAAAUGACAUUUUCUAUUUAUGUUCACAUCAAUAUAAUGUAAUUACAGGACAUAAAAUGAAUAGCUCAUACAAUCUAUUUAAAUGAUACACCAUUACAUUUUUGAAUGGAUUUUCAGCCUUCACUUAAUGUAAAUAGGUUUCACUCUAACCAAAGGAAGUCUUGGUCUGCAUAGCAACAAAACUGAAUUGAUCAAAAUACUUUUGCAUUGCAAACUCUGAAAUAAACUGAAAAUGAUAUUUAAACAUAGAUUUUCAAAUUCCAAAGAAUAUAUAUAUUUUUUUAAAUACAUCUGUGGUCACCAUAA